AUGAGCUCCCCAGAAAGCCAGACCCAUGCUGCUGUUUCACUGUCAAAUGACCUGAGCCCAGCGAGAAAAGCUCAACAAAUCUUCAAAAUCCUGUUGGACGAUAUCAAUCAAAACAAGUUGGCGGAUGCCAAUUAUGCAACUGAGUAUAUGGGGCGCACAGAUACUGAGCUUCGAGCGUGUAUGGAAAUUGCUAAGCAAUUUCACAAUGCGGUUGAUGCUUUACUCAAUGUGAAGCUUUUUAUGCAUCUUCAAAAAUCCGAACUUAAGGAGGAGUUUUGGGAUCAGCAAUUUCUAUCCAUUCAGGAAAGAUAUAAGCCUUUCCCAAUGACCGCAAGAGUUUUUCUUACGGAUGGCGUGAUGAACUAUACUGGACUCUGCGGACAAGGCACACCGAAGUAA